AUGAGAUUCUCAACUCUUGCGGCCGGCCUGCCGCUCGCGGCAGCCGCUCCCCAGGGCCACUCCUUCAAGCAGGUCAACGCCACCGGCAAGACCCUCAUCCUCGAUCAAGCGCCGGAUGCACCGCAGCCCUAUGUCCUUCGCAAGGGUUCCGGUCGAGCCGUCGCCGUCGGCGAGCAGGUUUACCGCUUCUCCGUCACAGGCAACUCUUCGGCCGGCGCCUUCACCCUUAUGCAGACCAACGCCCCGGACUCGUCCGAGCUCGGCGUGCUUCCACACAUCCACAAGGCGCACUACGAGAACUUCUAUUGCACAAAGGGCCAGAUUCAGCUCUGGGCCAAGACCAACGACACCGAGGAGCAGGCCCGUGUACUCACCCCGGGCGACUAUGGCGCCGUGCCCCAGAACACGGUCCACACGUUCCAGAUCACCGACCCGGACACCCAGCUCACGGGCGUCAUCUCUCCGGGAGGCUUCGAGGAGCUGUUUAUCGCCAUCGCCAACUCCGAGUUCAACUCGUCGACGGGCGCCGAGUUCGUCCCCGCCGCCGCCGACGGGUCGUCCGGCUCCGAUCCGGAGCUGAUCUCUGCCCUGGAGGCGUUCGAUGUCUACGCGCAGCUCGACUUCACCCCCCGUAGGGACCUCGUCAAUGGCAGCGCCGGGGGCGAUGACACUUGGCACACUGCCGCCAACGCCCUCGCGCCCGACGCCGUUACGCCCAACUUCGUCGCUAAGAACCGCGGGCCAAAGUACCUCAACACCGACGGGGGUGUCUACCACCUCAUCGCCCCCUUGGCCACGGGAAAUCAGACGGCAAGCAACUUCACCAUGGGCACUGUCACCCUGAGCCCCCUAGUGUCGAACCAAACGGCCACCGAGGCGAAGCUGUCCCAGCCCCUGGCUUUCCAGCUUGAGGAGGGUGCGUUGGACAUCGCUGUCGACGGAUACGACACCGUGACGCUGAUCCAGGGCGACGUCGUCUUCAUCCCCGCUGCCACUCCCUUCAGGUACCACGCCUCGGCCACAUUCACAAAGUUCCUUUACGUGAGCGGAGGGGGUGACGGCUUCGAUUACCAGCUCCUUCAGCGGGCUGCGUCUUGGGAGUACGCGACGUACCCCGUCAGCGCCGGCUUCACCGUGCAGUAA